AUGAGGUCUCUCGGCGAACGUCUCAACACGCUUCGUAGGCUGAUCAACAUAAAAUGCGGUCCCGGCGCUGCAGUCCUCCCCCCGGAGGUAACUAGAAUACACAUGGACUUUGCCAAGAGCCUCAAGGGCCAUAUGGGAGCCAAAAAGUUCUGGCGAGAGAACCUCCCCCGGCUAAAGUACCACAACCCCUCGGUCCCCAUGAUCGUCAACCGCCACACCCAAAGCGAGAACAAGCCCACCCUCUCCAUCUACCUCCGCAAACCCGACGCAUCCUCUCCACCCCCCGCGACUCGCAACCAGCCCGCCUCCUCGCGCGACAACCUCUCCAAGGCCGCUCCCCCAGAUGCCGACGAGAGGGUCGUCACCAUCGACAUGAGCGAGAAGCACUCGUCGCACAUCCUCGAGUACGUCCUGGCCGAGACCCGCGCCGUCGUCAUCCAGCCCACCAAGGAGGAGAUCCGAGAGCUGCAGGAGAUCGAGGCCAUGCGCAAGCAGGCCGAGGUCGACAGGGACCGCAUGAGGGAACUCCGGGAGGAGAAGAAGCGCGAGGAGGACAUGCUGAAGCGAGCCCGGGCGGCUGGUGGCGUUGCCGAGGAGGAGGAGUCAUGA